AUGGGAAACAUUGGUAGCAGCGGUGGUACCAACGGCGACCGGCGGCGGAGGGGCUCCGGGCAUCAUAGCUCCCAUGGCCCCGUCCCACCGCACCCUCCUACUCACCCACAGUUCUCAGCCUCUCCUAACCCCUCCCCACCGGAGAUCUCAGGCAACCGUUAUGUCUUCGCCGCUGCGGUCCCUUACCCUCCUCAGUACCCCAACCCCAACGCCCCUCUGUACUAUCAGUAUCCGGGCUACCACCCGCCCCCACUGCCUGCCUUUUCCGUCCCGCUUCCAGCUCCCUUCGAUCACCACCACCGCGGGGGCAGCAGCGGCCCCCCGCAGCCCCACGGCCACCACGCCCCCCACCUGAAUUGGGUCGGCCCAUACAUGCCGCCGCCACCUCCUCAUCACGCCUUUCCCUUCGUUAAGCACCAGAAGGCCAUAACGAUACGCAACGAUGUUAACCUAAAGAAGGAGACCCUGAGGAUGGAACCGGACGAACACAACCCUGGCAGCUUCCUCGUCGCGUUUACGUUCGACGCCACGGUCACUGGAAGGUACAAUUUUCUCUCUAUUUUUCUUCUUCCACUGAGCAUGCAUCUGCAUAAUUCUGGCCUUCCACACAAAGGGGGAACCACUUGUGACUCGCACUACCGAGCGCCUUUGACAUGGAUAUGACGGUGGCUCUAAUCCUCGACCCGUCACACUGCACAUGACUGCGUAAAAAUCAUGGCUUUUGAUACGUUCACGGCAUCGUUGAAAUGUCUCUUGGGAUUCUGGAUUGUUGCAAUGCCCGACUAGUGAUCAUAGUGCCAGCCCAGCAUCGUGCUCGCCGUAGCUGAAGCCUAUCUGCUCCUCCAGGCGCUUUUCCCGUACAUACAGAGUGAGGGAGAGUAUCUGGUUUCUUCCUUCUAGGGUGUCCUGCCAUCGCCAAUACGCAUCAUGCAUCGUUCCCUGCUUGAAAAAGUACUUUUCUUUUGCUAAUUUCCAUGCCAGGAGCUGAGCUUAGAUGCCCGCACUUGCAGGUUUAGAUAUUUCCACCUGCGCUGUGUGUUAUCCCUCAUCCGUGAACUUACUUGGCUUGAUGAUCAUGCUUAAAUUCGAAACACGUUUACCCAAUGCCCUUACUUUGCUAGAAGGCACCUUGAUUAGUCCAGCGCAGGCCUCACACCCGGAAAUGGCACUCUACUUGCGCAUCUAAAAUUUGUUGUGUCCGCGUCCAAUUGUGAGGGGUGGUCAUGCUGAUUCAAUUCCUACAGGCUUUAGUGCUCGUAAGCCAUCCUCUCAGACAGCCUAGAUCGAGGUCAUUCCCCAGGUCCGUACAAGAUGUAGUCAAUUUUUCAUCAAUAGCUCGUUGCUUCGCCCAUAAAUAUAUACCCAUGACUGUGUUUCUUCAGCAGUAGGUCUUGUUCUUUACAGAGAGAAAGCCCGCGUAAUACUUCAUUAUUUCCUGUGGAAUUGUAGGGUCUCUGUGAUAAUGCCAUAUCAUCCGGUCCUGUGACUGAUGGGGUUUUGAAUUCCUGUGAUCCGGAGAAAUUAGGACUUUGUCCAAAGCCUGCCGAUUCGGGUUGAAGAGGUGGAUCAGUCUCUAAGAAUCCCAAACCAGCGCGUGCAAUUUGAUAGUCUCAUACCUUGAACUCGUCCACCAGCUGUGUUGGUGGGGAAAACAUGAAAACUGGAGCUGGCUGGGCUUCUGAUCGGGGGACUGGGCGUCUGGAGGGGGGGAGGGAAGGGGGGAUGUUUGAGGUUUAGAGUGUGGUCAAGUCGGAGAGACUGGCGGCUCUUGCCAUUUCCGGUUUGAGUGUUAGAUGUUGAGAGUAAAAAGUAAGUGGGGGAGGGGAUAAGCAUGAAAACCGUCACUGAGGUCUCAUCCGCAUUCUUCCUGUGGGUAUCGGUGCCAGUUAGUAUGGAGGAGACCUUGGAUGCUGCUGUGCGGCGGCACUUCAACCGUACAUUGUGUUCCUGCCCCAUGAAAAAAACCCUGUGCUUGUAUAUACGCGCACCCCACAUUAGGGGAUGUUCAUCGUUUGGUUUUUCCUUUUGCAUCGUGUAACGCCUAAAACGUAAUGCCGACUGAGGCCUUGACGACGCUACUCACGAGCGCCUUCUCCUUCUGUGUUAAUGGAUGGGGCAGCAUUACUAUCUUUUUCUUCGCAAGAGAAGGGUUCGACUGUAGCCCGACGUCAACGAACGCAGCAGGCUUGCCCAGGCCAUUCACGGUUACUUUCAAGGAGGGCUUGGGACAGAAGUUCAGGCAGCCGUCCGGCAGCGGAAUCAACUUCUCAAUGUUCGAGGAGGCAAAGCUGCUGCUGAAAGCGGGGGAGACGGAGGUGUAUCCCCUUGCGGUGAAAGCGGAGGCGUCUCCAUCUGGGGAGCAGCACCAUCAGGGCCGAAAGGCCAUCGUCCGGAAUUCGCUGAUCACGCAGGCGGCAUUUGAAAAGAAGGACAAUGGAGGAUACCAGGUGAGGGUCAUCAAGCAGAUUUUGUGGGUCGAUAGCGCCAGGUACGAGCUGCAGGAGAUAUAUGGGAUUGGUAAUUCGGUCGACGGCGAUUUCGAUGGGAACGAUCCGGGGAAGGAAUGCGUGAUAUGUCUUUCGGAGCCAAGAGACACGACCGUCCUGCCUUGCCGGCACAUGGUAAACCACUCUACCUUGCCCGCGACGGUUCUGACUUCGCCUCUACCUACCCUUCGUUCGUUCUUGCGUCGCGGCUGCCAAGUUCGGCCGUUCGGCCUUGGUUACUACGAUUUUCGUUCGGGGAUGAUCUCUGUUCUUCCAGCAAAUGGGUGUGGCGUGGGGCUAACUAAAUCUGGCUUUGUGGUGGUUGCAGUGCAUGUGCAGCGAGUGCGCCAAGGUUCUGGGGUUCCAGACGGACCGCUGCCCAAUAUGCCGGCAACCUAUAGAGCGGCUUCUCGAGAUCAAGAUAAACAGCAGCAGCCAGACGCCUCCCGACGAGCAGCCGCAGAAACAGGGCUCUCCGCCGCACCUUCCCUGCUGA